UUAGACGCCGCCAACACUCUUCCCUCCACCGCCAGCGUAGCAUCUAUUAACUUGGCUACGUGGAUAGAAUUGGACGGAAGUGCACAAUAUGGUGCUCGGCUGCUUCCCCUGUUGCAGCCGGACUGGCUACCAGCAAAUAGGGAACACAGGGCCACGAUUCGGAGUGCGACAUCUGCAAUGCAUUCUGGUCUUCUUUGGCCUGGCCGUGGCCUAUUCGUUGCGCGUUAAUCUCUCCGUGGCCAUUGUGGCUAUGACGGAUCGAAAUUCCAGCAACCCGGACUUUCCUGAGUUCGAGUGGAACGAGAGCGUCAAGUCCUACCUGCUGAGCAGCUUCUUCUGGGGCUACGUCGUCACCCAGGUGCCGGGUGGCUAUCUCUCGGCCAUCUAUGGGGCCAAGUAUAUGCUCUUCUUUGGAGUGCUUAUAUGUUCCUGCCUCGCCCUGCUGACGCCCUUUUGCGCCAUUACGGGCGGCUGGAAGACGGUCGUCGUGCUGCGUGCCGUCCAGGGUCUCUGCCAGGGCGUCAUUUUCCCCUCAACGCACACAUUCCUCUCGAAAUGGGCGCCAACCGAAGAGCGCGGUCGACUGGUCGGCUAUAGUUACUCGGGCUCACAAUUCGGCACUGUGGUAAUGCUCUCGGUGAGCGGCUACAUUGCGUCCUCCUCGCUGGGCUGGCCCAGCAUCUUCUAUGUUCCUGGCUGUGCCGGCAUUUUGUGGUCGUUCGUGUGGUACUUGUACUGCUCAAGCACUCCGGCCCAGCACUCAACGAUAUCGCCGGCUGAGCGUCGCUACAUCGAGUCGUCUGGCCAGGCACGCCGUCCGUCGGAUGUAGGACGCGAGGUGACGCCACGGCCGCACACGCCCUGGCUACGCAUUCUCACCUCGGGACCAUUUCUGGUGCUCGUGCUGGCUCACUGCGCCAACAACUGGGGCUUCUGGACGCUGCUCACAGAGAUUCCCACGUUCAUGAAGAGCGUCCUGGGCAUGGACAUCAAGAGCAACGGCCCGCUGUCGGCUCUGCCCUACUUCGCCAUGAUACUGCUCACGUGCGUGUUCAUCUGGCUAUCGGAUGCAAUGAAGCAACGUGGCACAGUCCUGCCACUGGGUUUCUCCCGGAAGUUCUUUAAUACGCUGGGCAUGUGGCUGCCCAUGCUCGCUCUGAUCGGUCUGGGCUGCAUCACCGAGGGCGAGGCAAAUUUUCGGCUGGCCAUUGCAUUGCUCACCAUGGCAGUGGCCACCAACUCGGCCACAUAUCUGGGCUUCCACGUCAAUCACAUCGAUCUGGCGCCCAACUUUGCUGGUACUCUGAUGGGCAUCACGAACUGUGCAGCCAACUUUAUGAGCAUUCUGGCGCCGCUGAUUGUGGGAUUGAUUGUCUGGGAUGAGAGGAAUCCUGCACAAUGGCGAAUCGUUUUCUUCUUCACCGCUUUCGUUUACUUUAUGGGUAAUCUGCUCUUCAUGCUCUUCGGUCGGACCGAUGUCCAAGAAUGGAACACACCAACUAGAACGCCAACGGCCACCACUGCCGAAGAGCGUGAAGACGUUGCUGGGGACCGGGCGCCGCUAAUAGAGGCUUGAGUCGAGGCGCAGAGUUGGGGGAUUGGUUGAAAAUUAUGAAACUCAUGUACCUUGAUGGGGAAGUGCAUUCCAUGGAAUUGAUUGAACGCAACUAGCAUCGUAUUACUAGCUAUACUAUACAACACAUGACUAUACAGAUAUACAUAUACAAGGAUAUACAAUAAUCACAACAUGUACAGAUCAUAUACAAAUCCGGAACAUACUCGUUUAACGCACUUGGGUGUAUUUUUC